AUGCACAAGGGGACCUACAACCAAACCCUUGAGCCUGCCAGGCGGGUUGCCUACUCCACACAGGAAAUGCUCCUAGUGGCGGAGGAGGAGGUGAAACUCCUCCAGUCAGGAAGGGGGGUUUCCAAAAUCAACCAAGUGUUGAUUGGAAGCCUCCCGGAGGGGACAAUCCGGCUGGAACGCUUGAGGGCUAUGCGCAAGACCCAAAAGUACAGGAACAUCGUACGAAGUGGCCUCCAGGAAACAGAAGACCCUGGAAGCAGCCCCAGAUCAACCAACGGGGCUGGAGGCGGCACAAGAGCCCUCAUACAAGAUCAGCUACCCGAGGGGGUCAACGAUCCUGACCCCUCUGACCCUGAUGACUCCGGGAGUGACCCAGAGCGGGAUAUCGCCCCGGAGCUGGGGGCGAGGGUCAAGUUAUGGGAGCAUCUGAGGGCUCUCAGUGAGGAGGAGGAGGAGGGUGACGCAUUGGUCGUCAGUCUCAAUUCAGUGCUGCGGGCCAUUCCGUCCCCAGAUGGCCUGACGGAACACCACGUCGAGAUGGCGCUGAAUGGGCUGGAGGCUGCAUUGCGGGCACACAAGCCGAGGCUAUUCUCUGGAAGAACGCCUCGGCAAGGAGUAAAUAGAGUGUCGCCCAGUUAUAGACAUCUACCCAGGAGAGUCAGAAAAAGAAUGGAGUAUGCACAGACACAAAGGGCUUACAAACGCAGCCCAAAGGAGAUCGCAAAUAAGAUCAUCAACGAUGUCGAAUUCGGGGGCGAGAGGCCCUCGGUCGAUGAAUUCGUAGCGGAAUUCCGACCGAGGUUUGCUGCUGAAUCGCCCCCGGAUUACGAACAUGUUGAGGUGCGCACGAAUGACAGGAUGCUGACAAUUCUUGACCCCAUAGCCGGCAAAGAGGUGGUGGGCGCACUUCGUGGACCGGAGACCGCAGUAGGUCCGGAGAACCCAGAGCUCGACACCGGAGCGCUACGAAGGCUAGGGCCGAGGGUUCUCCUAAGAAUAUUCAAUACAUGGCUGUAUUUGGCACGGGUUCCUCAAUGGACGAAAAACAGCAGAAUGUCCAUGCUUCCCAAAAAAUCGCCGCUUGGGACCCCCUCUAAUUGGCGUCCAAUUACGAUCGGGUCCCACAUCCUUAGGGCGUACUGUAAGAUCCUCGCAUUCCGGAUGGUGGAGAGUGCGAACACAAGUAUAAUCCAGAAGGCCUUUAGGUCCGUCGACGGGUGCGGUGAGAACUUAGCAUUCGUAGAGGGACUGAUAAGGCACGCCCGGAGAGAGAAGCGUAACAUCUAUAUCACCUUUGUCGACGUAGCCAAAGCGUUCGACACUGUGUCGCACACCUCUCUCGACAGGGCACUUCGGCGCUUGGAUACGCCUAACCACCUUCUGGAUGUUGUGAAGGAUCUUUACAGCCACGUAGGGACAAGCAUUUGCGUUCCCGGCGGGGAGUCAGACCCCAUCCCCAUGACCAGAGGAGUGAAGCAGGGAUGUCCAUUGUCCCCCUUCCUUUUCUGUGCCGUGGUGGAUGAGUACCUGGAGUCCCUGGGUCCUGUCGUUGGAUACCGCCUGGACGAUGUAACGUCGGUGGCGGUGACAGGAUUCGCGGACGACCUGGUAAUAGUCUCUGAGUCCAGGCUCGGGAUGCAGAGGAGCCUGAAUCAGCUCGACCGGUUCCUUGGUGCGAGGGGACUGGCCGCGCAGCCCACGAAGUGUGCCACACUGGGUCUUGAGCGGGCUGCAAGGGCGGCCAUUGGCCUACCCAUGAGAGACGGGGGCGUGGCCUCAGACGACCCUGCAGUAAGGUUUAUAGCCUCUGGGGGUCUCUGGGGUCGCGAAGUCGGGGCAAUGGCGAGGCACUUCCGGGUAGGCCAUGUAGACAACAACACCUUGUCUCAAUUGAAAAGGUCGCUGUUGCGGAAGAAGAGGGAAGAGUGGAGUACAUCCUGGCAUGGCAAGGGGGCGGAGAACUUCUUUGGAAGCCGGGCCAGCAAUACCAUCUUGCGAAAUGAUCUAGGCCCAGGCAGGAAAGCCAUCGACCUAUUGCGACUCAGGUCUCAGACCAUCAAUUGCCGAGUCUCUAGAGCCAUUGGCCGGAAAAAUGGCCAGUACUCGGUGCUCGACGUCUGUGUGCCCUUCGAAAGCGAUAUUAACACCCUUCGCUUAGCUGAGCAGCACAAGAUCGAUAAGUACCGUGCACACGAGGUCGAUAUCAGGAGGUUCAUUGCUAACAACAGCUCGCUGCCUCCGGUAGCUGCAGUGAACUUCCUGGGUGUUGCCUUCGGUGCACGAGGUGGCAUAAGACCAGCCACUAUCAAGCUGCUCAGCCGGUUGGGCAUCAGACGCGCGGGCAUCGAGAUACUUGUCACAAUGGCCAUUGAGGGAUCUAUAAACAUCCUUAGAUCCCUCAGACUGCAGGCGGACGGCUAG